CUUCACACCACUGAUGUUGAUGUGUAAUUUACCGAGUUUUUACAGCUUUCUCCGCAAAUUACGUCGAUUAUGUAAUUUACGUAAAAAACCCAUGUGACGCGUCACUUCGCAACCCUGGAUUUGAAAGAACACAACAGAACAGAAGUAUGACAGCUCACAGCACUUUCACACUCAUGUGACAUAAUUGUCAGCUUAUUCACAGACACACCCAAGUUGUGAUUAUGAACAAAAGAUGAGUGCCGCCCACAAAAAAACGGUAUAAUUUUUGUGCCACUAGAGAUCUGUGAAUUUUGUGAAAGAAUUGAUAGGUUAGAAUCGUGGUGAUGUCUACGCGAAAAAAGCGAGUUGCUGCAGUGUUUACGUCCUAGUACCGCUUUAAAUGAUUUACAUUUCUAUUCCGGUGGCACUAAUGUUUAUUUUUUCACAAUAGACAGUCACUUUUUUACGUGAAAAAAUAAAAAUAAUCCAAAAUGAUAGCCACAGAGCUUGGUUCUACGAAUGCUGAUUUGGUGAACGUGCAAGUUACAAACGAGAAAGCCCCUUUAAUUAGAGGUAGGGGCUUUUUGCGAAGAUUCACUAAUAUUUUUAGGCAUGGAAAAAUGCCCAAUCCUACGGGAGAUGGUUAUGUAGAAUUUAGCAGCUUGGGUACAGAGAGUACUCGAACUUUGGGAACUUUCGCUGGAGUUUUUAGUCCUGUCACUCUCUCCAUGUUCAGUGCCUUGGUUUUUAUUCGUAUGGGUUACAUUGUCGGAAAUGCUGGACUGCUGGUAACACUUCUGCAAUUCGUAAUAGCGUAUGGAAUUUUGGUAUCUACGGUUACAUCUGUUUGUGCUAUUUCCACAAAUGGGGCCGUUGAGGGAGGCGGAGCUUACUUUAUGAUAAGUCGGACACUGGGUCCUGAAUUUGGGGGCUCAAUUGGAACCAUUUUCUUCAUGGCUAAUAUAGUAUCAAGUGCUCUUUGCAUUUCUGGAUGCGCUGAAGGCUUUGUACAAGAUUUUGGAUCCAAGGGUGCCAUAGUGAGCAGCAGCUUUAUUUAUGAUGGAAGAUGGUGGCAUUAUUUGUACGGUACCGUCAUUAAUACUACGAAUUUACUGGUUUGUUUGAUUGGAGCCGCAAUGUUCGCCAAAACUAGCGUUAUUAUCCUGGCCAUCGUCUGCAUUUGUUUGGGCAGCGUAUUUAUCAGCUUCCUUGUAAUCGGACCCCUUGAAGUCCAGUUUCCUAUGCCAAAUAAUUCUUCGGUAAUUAUCAAUGCUUCUUACACCGGCAUACUCGCAUCCACCUUACAAGGAAAUCUAUACCCUAACUAUAGUGUUGAUUAUUCAAGCGGAGGAGUGAUGUCUGAUUUUGCGAGUGUUUUUGGUGUUCUUUUCAGUGGUGUUACUGGAAUAAUGGCUGGCGCCAACAUGAGUGGUGAACUGAAAAAUCCAGGUCGCAAUAUUCCUCACGGAACUCUCUCUGCCGUUUUAUUCACAUUUGUAUGUUAUAUUCUACUAUCCAUCUUUACGGCAGCAACGUCGAGUCGCUUUUUGCUGCAGAACUAUUUUCUGUAUAUGAUGAAAAUCAACAUCCGGCCAGAAUUUGUGGCCGUUGGAAUCCUCACUGCGACCUACAGUGCGGCUUUGAGCAACUUGAUUGGGUCAAGUAGAGUGCUAGAAGCACUUGCUAAAGACAAUAUUUUUGGUUCUGGACUGAAUUAUAUAGUACAAGGCACGGGGCGGGGAAAUCCAAUCGCUGCCGUUCUGACUUCCUGGGUUCUUGUUCAAUUCAUUUUGUUGAUCGGUUCUUUAAACGUCAUCGCGCAGAUUAAUUCUGUACUUUUCUUAUUGAGCUAUCUGGCUACCAACUUGGCGUGCCUCGGCUUAGAAUUAGCAAGUGCACCGAACUUUAGGCCGACUUUCAACUAUUUCACAUGGCACACAGCAACGAUUGGCCUCCUUGGCACGAUCAUAAUGAUGUUUACGAUAAAUAGCAUUUAUGCCUCCAGUAGUAUAAUCCUCUGCCUAAUUCUCGUCAUCGUCCUUCACCUCUUUUCUCCCAGCAAAAAUGCAGCCUGGGGCAGUAUAUCGCAGGCAUUGAUAUUCCACCAAGUUCGAAAAUAUCUCCUAAUGCUGGAUUCUCGCAAGGAUCACGUUAAAUUCUGGCGGCCGCAAAUACUUCUGAUGGUUUCUUCUCCACGGUCUUCCUGUCCUCUCAUAGAUUUCGUCAACGAUCUGAAAAAAGGCGGCUUGUAUGUAAUUGGACAUGUGAAAGUGGGCGAGUUCUCGGGUCAGAACUUGGAUCCGACGAUCGACGAAUAUCCGCACUGGUUGAGUCUCGUCGACCAUAUGAAAGUCAAGGCGUUUAUCGAACUUACGGUGACGAAAACAGUGCGAGAGGGACUCCAUCAUCUCGUCAGACUUUCUGGAAUGGGGGCAAUGAAACCUAAUACGAUCGUUUUAGGAUUCUACGACGACCACGUGCCUCAAGACUUUUUUAAGACUUCGCAGUAUUCCACGGCGAACUUCGAGAAUGGAACUUACGCGAAUGGAACGAUUUUUCCGUUGAGGCCUAUAAAUGAAGAGAAAACUAUGGACCCGCAGCAAUAUCUUGGUAUGUGCUCGGAUGUAUUGAAGAUGAAGAAGAAUCUAUGUCUCUGCCGAAAUUUCCACAAUCUAGACAAGUCGCAGUUCAUAAAAAAUUCAAAUUUCAAAUACAUCGACGUAUGGCCAGUGAACUUUUUCCAGCCUACAGAUCACGAUCCUUUUGACACAACAUCUCUCUUUAUGCUCCAGCUAGCGUGCAUCAUAAAUAUGGUGCCAGUUUGGAAAAAUUUACACCUACGUGUCUUCCACUGUGAGGUCUCGGAAAGUAUGAGUGAUGGAGAGUCAAGCAGCUCAAUUGACGCACCUCCAAAAAUCUCCAACGAACACAGACUGAAGAAGCUGUUGAACAUGCUCCGAAUUUCAGCCUCUAUUACUAGAAUACCCAAUUGGGGUGCACAAAUUGGAGGAUUGAAGGGUCGAGCUUUGGUCAGUUCAAAACAAGACGUGGAACCCGGUAUUUUCGAAUCCUCAGAUUCGACCGAUAUCGUGCCCAGCAAUGUUUCUCGAGCUUACAUACUUAAUAUCAAUAAAUUAAUUAGGGAGCACUCCUCACAAACGGCAGCGAUUUUUAUGUACCUACCGGCACCACCUGUUUCAACUACCUGGGGAAAAGAUGUGGCACAUCAACAAUAUCUGCAGUUGCUUACGGAGUUGACUGUAGAUUUGCCACCAACGAUAUUGGUCCAUGGAGUUAGCGCCGUAACUUCAACGACAUUAUAACGUUCAGAUAUUGAACAGCAGUAUGCGCGACAUUUUGUAUUAAAGGUAACGAAAAUUCCAGCCAAUUCCCCGUAAUAUUAACAAGAUUAAUGUAAAAAGUAACACCAAAUAUUUUAUUUUCUAUGGGUAUUUUUUUAAGCACUUUGUACAUCUAGUUGCAUAAAGUCGUAAGCCACACUAAUAUCAAAAAUGAUGUUUUUAUUGAUUGAUUUAAAAUUGUUUUCAAAAUUAUAGCAUCGUAAGUCACAAUGCGAAAAACAGAGUGGCCUGAAAUUAGAGCCUGAAAGUUAUUAUUUAUUUACAUUUUCACUGUAUAAUUAAAAUCGCGGUCAAUGAAAUAUAAAUGAAAAUUAUUGAUGGUUAGUAUUAAUAGUUAUUUCUGGUUCUUCGCAUAACUUACAUGUAAUAGAAUAAACCAUAAAAAUAGAUUCCAUACCUAUCUUAAAAAUAAUUUGCCUUCUUCAAAAUUAAAAGAAUAUUAUUAUGUAGCUUUUUCAGGUCAAUUUUUGCCUAGAAGACUUUUUAUGCUCUUUAAAUAUGUAUUUUUGUAGAGCAAGUGGGUUACGACCUUCUGAGCGCUGAACCUUACAAUUUGUAAGUAACUGAGAAAAAGGUUAUAGAAAUAUUUUUAACUGUUUGUUAACUUGUUAUAUCUAAUUUGUAUUUAAUUUGAUAUUAUCCAAAAAAUGUGCGUAAAUAUCGUUCUGACUGUUCAGAGAUUUAGAAUCGUAGGAGAAUUCUUAAUGUAUUGGGAGAUUAAAGAGAAUUUAAUUUUUAUAACCUAAUAUAGUUAAUGUAAUGAUGAAGUUAGCCGACUUAGCUCUCAGUUUUUUUGUACUAAUAUAAUAUUUUGAGAUGCACUGUCUGAAAGCUUUGUCGGUGGGACAAAAUGAAAUCGUGAUUUAAAAAUAUUUCUAUAUAUUAUAUAUCUUUAGAAUUUUACGACGAUAUAGAUGAAUAAUUGUCGGCGGAGAGCGAAUUGCGUGCAGACUACGAAAGUAAUUAUAAGGUUUUUGAUUUUAAAUAAACGAUUUAUAUACAAGAGGG